AUGUCGCAGUAUUUGGCCCUCCACGGUCUAGAGCCGCUGCCCAUUCAGAAAGGCGCUUCGUCGCGACGAGGCAUCGUCGACCUCGACUGCAACGUGCGGGAGGUGUGCGAGGUCGCCGCGCGGGACGCGCAGAGCAUCUGCGAGGACCACACGGGCUGGCGCCCUGUGGUCAGGAUAGAGGCGCACUCGGCGGUGGGCAAGGACCGGGUCCUCGGAGGCUUCGAGGGCCCCAGAGCUAUCCAGAGCUUUCGGCAGGACCAGGGCAUGCCGAAGAUGGCGUACAUCCCCGCGGCGCUGCGAUACAUCAUGGUGGAGCUGCUGAAGAACAGCUGCCGUGCCACGGUGGAGGCCGCGCGCGACAGUGGCCCGGGGAUCGAUUUCGACGUCGCGCUCCGAGGGAGGCCGAUCAGCAUCGUCGUGUGCGCGGCGAAGGGCAUCCCGUUCGAGGUGGGCUCCCACGUCUGGUCCUACCUCUACUCCACGGCCACGAAGGCUGGAGGCCAGACGCAGGCCACGGAGCUGGCUGGCUUCGGCGUCGGCCUACCGCUGUCGCGCCUCUUCGCGCGCUACCUGGGAGGGUCGCUGGACCUGAUCUCCCUGCCUGGGUACGGCACGCACGCCUACCUCUGGCUCCCCCGGCUGCUCUCCGAGCAGGUGGAGGUGGUGCCGGACGCCGAGGCCCCCGGCCCCGCCUACCGCAACAUCUCGGGACGCCGCGCGGCGGCGGGUCCAGCUCCGAUGUCGUCCCGCGGGCGGUGGCGGCGGGGCGCGGAGGGCCCGGAGCGCCGCGCCAGCGUGGACGGCCGCGGCUCCCACGGCGCAGGCCCCCGCGAUGCCGCCGCCGCCGCGCCGGGCCCCGCUCCCGGGGAGGCCGAGAUCAGCCGCCUGCAGGCCUUGGUGCGGGAGGCGGAGGCCGAGGUGGAGCUGAAGGACGAGCUGCUGCGGGCGUGCGCGCCGCUGGGGUGGCCCGGCCGCGAGGGCGUGGCGGCGCUGGAGGAGGAGGCCGCGCUGAUCGAGGAGGAGGAGGCGCUGGAGCCCGGCGCCGUGGCCAGCACUGCCAGCAGCGUGUCGACGGGCCCCUCGGGAGCGGGCCCCGGCACGGAGGCCUCCCUGCGCCCGCGGCCGGCGCCGCUGGAGGUCCAGCUGCAGGAGAAGGCCGAGCUCGUCUCGCGCCUUCGGCAGAGGGAGCUCUGGCUGGAGAACCAGCUCCACCGGCACCGCGAGGCCACCUCCGCGCCCUGGGGUGCGCUGCUGCAGGAACCGCUUGGGCCGAUGCCCACCCACGCCCACAGGGCACCUGCUUCCUGUCUAUUCUUCCUAGAACACCUUGACUAA